ACAGACAUCGGCUGUGCCACCCCUCUCCCCCUCCAGCUCUUCACCGACGGCAUCACCAACAAGCUCGUGGCCUGCUACACGGAUGAGGGCAUGGCGGACGCGGUGCUGGUCCGCGUCUAUGGCAGGAAGACGGAGCUGUUCGUGGACCGGGAGACGGAGCUGAGGAGCUUCCAGGUGCUGCGUGCCCACGGCUGCGCCCCCGACCUCUACUGCGCCUUCCAGAACGGGCUCUGCUACCAGUUCCUGCCCGGCAUUGCACUGGGGCCCGACCACGUGCGGGACCCCCACAUCUUCAGGCUGGUGGCGCAGGAGAUGGCCCGGGUACAUGCCAUCCACGCCAACGGGAGCCUCCCCAAGCCCAUCCUCUGGCAGAAGCUGCACAAAUACCUCACCCUCGUGAAGACGGAUCUCAGCCCAAAGGUAUCCAACCCCAGCUUCCAGCAGGACGUGCCCAGCCUGGAGAUGCUUGAACACGAGCUGGCCUGGAUGAAGGAAACGCUCUCCCAGCUGGGGUCCCCCAUCGUGCUUUGCCACAACGACCUGCUCUGCAAGAACAUCAUCUACGAUGGGACACGAGAGCACGUUCGCUUCAUAGACUACGAGUACACCGGCUACAACUACCAGGCUUUCGACAUUGGAAACCACUUUAAUGAGUUUGCGGGAGGCACCGGGGCGGCCGUGUCCGAGGAGGAGCUGGAGGCUCUCUACGUGCAAGUGAACAAGUUUUCUUUGGCAUCUCAUUUCCUCUGGGCAUGCUGGGGCCUGAUCCAGGAUAAAUACUCUACCAUAGACUUUAACUUCUUAAGAUAUGCAAAGCUAAGGUUUAAACAGUACUUCAAGAUGAAGCCGGUGGUCACAGCCCUGCAGAUCUCUAAAUAG